AUGCGCAGACUCAUUGCAUUUCUCUACUUAAUAACUGUCUCAUUAACGGCUAAAGUUAAAUGGAUACCGAACACAAAUUUUAAUUUGCCAAUAAAUUUUAAGGACGGAAAGGUACCCUGUCCUAGACAGACUGUCGUCUUUCCUGACACUCUCAACGGUUAUGUCAACAUCGAUUCGCUGGUGGAAGGCAAUGAAUUAAUUCUACCUAUAGAUGGAGAGUUCCUUCUAUCCGAAGGUGGUAUAGAGCUGGGAGGGAAUUAUGAUAAUUGUACAGAUACAAGAAAUGUGUACUUUUUAGAAAAAUCUGUCUCGUCCUGGGCUCAGCCCGACGUUUGGAGUUCUUCGAAGUUUAACGAGGCAACCCCGGAUGCAGAACGAGUGCCGUGCUUCGACGAUUUAGUAGAAUUUCCGGCUGACAAAGUGUUUACAAUAGCUCUGCCUGCGGAAACGCAGGUUGUCAGAGGUAUACAUUUCGGAAGUGAAGCAUACGAUACUGGUUCGUUCAUGGAAUUUGUAACGGAAUCACAACAAUUUAUUUUGAAUGAAAAUCAAGUGACAGGUGUAGUAAUAAAGUACGAGCAGUGUAAAUCUCGCAGCGGUUGUCCGUGUCAGGAAAACCCACUUAAAAUAGACUGUAAUGCCAAGUUUUGUCCAGUGCCAGCGUGCGUUGAUCCGAUACAACCAAUAGGCCAUUGCUGUAAGAUGUGUGGUGGCGUGAUUGCGUUUGAUGUGGACCAGAGCUUUGAUAUAAUGAAUUUCAAAGAACUGGUAGAGACAGUGGUAGAUAGCUACGGAAAAGAUGAUUUAGUUUAUUACAUAGGUAGAGUGGGAGAUAAGGUCCAAUUAGUAGUGAUAGAUAAGGGCGAAUAUUCAGGCACUAGUGCUGAAGUCGUUAAUGAUAUCGACCAUAGUAUGGAGAAACAUUGGGUGCAAGGGCUUAAAGAAUCUAUUAUAAGUGGUAGCCCAUUAUACAAAUAUGGAUUGGGAGGAAAGAUUUUUAUAUCCAUGUUCUUUGUCGUCGUGGUUUCUUUGGGUGGAAUCUACGCUUAUUACUAUAAACUACCAGAUGUAAGCUUCCCGACUAUUGGAGGCCCAGCUAUGUUGUCUCGUUAUCAACGCCGAUCGGAUAGUGUAGUAUUAUUGACGAGGAGAGAUUCUGUGAUUACCACUCGAUCUGGGAUUAGUACAGCCUUCAGGAAUCCAUUGUAUGAUUCAAAGAGAGGUAGGGUAGUAAUUGAUGAUCCUAAUGAGGAUUAG